AUGGCCUCCUCCGCUCUCCAGAAUGUCUACAACACCAUCUUCCGCAGAAACUACGUCUUCCUCAGCGUAGUCUUCACCAGCGCCUUCGCCAUGGAGAUGUACGCAACCUCCCCAGUCAAUCCCGCCCUGUGUCCACCUCGGUCUAACUCCUCUGCAGCNGCUUUCGACAACGCCUCCAACAGCCGCCAAUGGAAGGACCUCAAGCAAAAGUACAUGGAGAACGACGACGAGUAA